GGACCAGGCUUCACCAUGUCUGCAGUUAAAGUCAUGCUGUGGAUGUGUGUGUGUAUUUAUGUGAUUCUUACUGCUAAAGCUCAAGACACUAUGACCAUCAGAGAUCAAAACAAUAAUUCAGCAAAACAGUCUCUCUCUCAGAUAGAAGUCCAAAGUAUGCGAGUGGACUGCAAGGUCGCAUCUCGUUUUGCUCACACUGUCAUGACCACCAAAGCCUUGAACACAGCCAAUGCAUCACAGGAAGUGUUCUUUGAGGUGGACUUACCCAAAACAGCCUUCAUCACCAACUUUAGCAUAGAGAUUGAGGGCAGGAUAUAUGUCAGCGAGGUGAAGGAAAAAGAGCAGGCCAGGGAGCAGUAUGAGAGCGCUGUGUCAUCUGGCCUAACUGCUGGCCUGGUUAAGGCUUCGGGAAGGAACAUGGAGACGUUUUCUGUGUCCGUGAACAUCGCACCCCAGAGCCGCGUCACAUUCACUCUUACUUACGAAGAGCUUCUGCAACGGCGUCUUGGCAGCUAUGAGAUCAUGAUAGGUGUCCGACCGAAACAGCUGGUUCAGAAUUUUGAGAUUGUGGUAGAUAUCUAUGAACCUAAUGGAAUUACGUUUGUGGAUGUCAACGGUACAUUCAUCACCAAUGAACUGCUCCCUCUAGUGAAGAAAACUGUCACUGAUAAAAAGGUUAAAAUGAAAGUUUCCAACAAUCCCCUAACAUUGGUUGAUUAAAAUUCAAGCCUGUUUAUGCCUUGGCCAAAACAAAACAAAAAGCCAAACCAAAUCAAUCAAUCAAUCAAUAUAAUAAAUGGCUACUUUGUACACUUUUUUGCCCCAGAUUAUUUGCCACAAAUGCCUAAAAAUUUGGUAUUUGUGAUAGACAGAAGUGGCUCCAUGGAAGGAGAAAAGAUGAUACAGACUCGAGAAGCUCUGAUGACUAUAUUAAGUGAACUGCAUGAAGAUGAUUACUUUGGGCUGGUCACGUUUGAUGACACUAUAGAGUCGUGGAGACCAUUUCUUAGCAAAGCUACACCAGAGAAUGUGACAGAAGCGAAAGAAUUUGUCAAGACUAUUGAAGCGAGACACAUGACUGAUAUAAACAAGGGCCUUUUGUUUGCGGUGGACAUGCUUACCUCAGAAAAAAGUCACUCUUUCCCAGACAUGUCCAUGAUCAUUCUACUCACUGAUGGGCGACCCAGUUCUGGCCAGCGAGAUCUAUCCAAAAUCCAAGAAAAUGUCCAGAAUGCUAUUAAUGGAAGCAUGAGUCUCUUUUGUUUGGGCUUUGGCUAUGAUGUGGACUACAGCCUUCUUGACACAUUGGCCAAGCAGAACGAUGGACUCGCUCGAAGAGUCUAUGAGGCCUCCGAUGCUGCCCUUCAACUACAGGGUUUUUAUGAUGAGGUGGCUACCCCACUUCUCUUAGAGGUGAAUCUCAAUUAUCCUGGCAAUGCUGUAACUGACUUGACACAAAGUCACUUUAGACAGUUCUUCAAAGGCUCUGAGAUUGUUGUAGCUGGACGUCUACAAGAACUUGAGACCAACACCUUUCAGACUGAAGUAUCAGCAAAUGGGUUGGGAGACCAGUUUGUGGUUGAGGGUCUAGCGAUUGCUGAAGAGUGGAACAGUGUGUUUCCUGAUCAGGAGUACAUCUUUGGGGAUUUCAUAGAGCGACUGUGGGCAUACCUGACCAUCCAGCAGCUCUUGGAUAAAAGAGAGAAAUGCUCACCAGAAGACAAGGAGAACAUCACAGCUCAAGCUCUAGACCUUUCUCUAAGAUAUAACUUUGUCACGCCGCUUACCUCCAUGGUGGUCACCAAACCAGAGACCGGAGAUGAAGAUGAAACACUCAUUGCUGACAAGCUGACUGAAGAUCAGCGAGAGGACACAACAGAAUCUGAUAUAAGUGCCCUCCAUGCUCCACCUCAAAAGGCUGGCAGUGUUUACCAAGUCCAAGGACUAAAACCCCAAUAUUUGAUCUCCUCCUAUUUUGGUGAGAAGAGAUUUUUUUUUGUCUCUUGUUGUCUUGGAGUUGAUGGAGAUCCACACUUCAUCAUUGAGCUGCCAGAUCAGAACGAUGCUCUGUGCUUCAACAUUGAUCACAAACCUGGUACCAUCUUCAACCUUGUUAGAGACCCACCUACAGGCAUUGUAGUGAAUGGCCAGAUCAUUGGAGAUAAGAAGGUCAUUCCAGGUAACAAGAUGCACACCUAUUUUGGCCGCUUUGGGAUUAUUCAUGAGAAGUUUGGUAUCAGAUUGAUGGUGAGCACAAAGGAGAUCUUAGUGUCUGAAAGGGGAAAACAGGCAAAAUUCUCAUGGACUAACAACAAGACUUUAGAUGGACUGAACAUGGAUCUGCAGGUGAUCAAAGAUCGCAGUUUAACGGUGACUCUAAGGAACUCAGUCAAGUUUCUUAUUAUCCUGCACAAAAUAUGGAAGAUGCACCCGUAUCAUCAAGACUACCUCGGGUUCUACACUUUGGACAGUCACCUCUUUUCAAGCAAUGUCCACGGCCUGCUUGGUCAGUUCUACCAUGGCGUGAACUUUGAGGUCAGUGACUUGUUUCCAGGAAAGGACCCUGAUAAACAAGAUGCCAACAUGUUUGUGAAAGGAAACAAGCUCACGGUUACCAGGGGCUGGAAGAGAGAUUUCAGACAGGACGUGAAGAAUGGAGAAAAUGUGCCCUGCUGGUUCAUUCACAAUAACGGCACCGGGCUCCUCGAUGGAGUUCACACAGACUACAUCGUCUCUGGUCUCUUCAAAACAAUAUAGACAACCUCUGUCACUCAACCGACCUUUGCACCACACACAAAGUACAUGUUAGCUUUCAUUUAGUCUUAAGUAUAUAAGAUGUGAUGGGUUUAAUUGGAUAUAAUGCGAAAUCUGACAAAGCUGGUUUAAAAAGCUGUUAAUGAUAGUAGGUUUUUUACAUUUAUAUCUAU